AAGAACUGCAAGGACUUAUACCUCAGUGAUUACAGCUAAAAAGAACACCAACUCUAUUUUUUCUUGCGACAUAUGUACUUUUUUUCUUUUUCUUUUCUUUUUUUUUCGAAAAUCGUGCUCUGUCUCUCCCUCCUGAUUUUUUUUUCUUUUUUUCCGCCUCAGCAGACGGCAUAUGCACGCCUUCAGCAAGACGACCCACUUUUAGACUGAAUAGACUAUUCUGCUGCUCCCUCUGUGUCAUCACUGUUUACCACGGAGGUCUGAAGCUCAAGCUCAUAUCCCAGCUCCCUAGUUUGCAUCUUAUUUACGAUUCCAGCACACUAGGUGAACAUGUAGAGAUGGAUUUUAUGAAGCUGUUUGGCACUGUUAUCGCCGUUUUGUUCCACCCUGGAUCCGCUUCUAAACUUAAUGGAAAACAACAAUAACUCCAAUACCAACUCCUUACAAGCAAGAUAUGCGGAAGAGCAUCUCUGAACAUCAAAGCCUUGAAGAUGAUGGGCAGGAGCAAAAGACCACACCAGGGCAAAGAAUAUGCCGGAGCGGGACACAGCGUCCGUGUUACAAGGCGUCCUACAUCCACGACAGCAGGCGAAGGCUGACCUUUGAGGAUGCCAGACAGGCCUGCAGGUUGGAUGGAGGCGAGCUGCUAAGCAUCGAGACGGAAAGUGAGCAGCGACUGAUAGAGAGGUACAUACAACAGCUGGCGCCUGGAGAUGGCGACUUCUGGAUCGGGCUCCGUCGCAACCCGCAACGUUACAGCGUCGGGACGUCAAGCCCAGGUUGCCCCUCGCAGUAUUACUGGCUGGAUGGAAGCAAGGCUAAGUUCAGGAACUGGCACUGGGAUGAGCCAUCGUGCGGUAAGGAAAUGUGCGUGGUUUUGUAUCACCAGCCCUCUGAAACACCUGAGGGUCGUUUCCAGUUCCACUGGAAUGAUGACAACUGCAGCUCCAAGAACAACUUUGUCUGCAAAUACCCAGAAGAAAAAGUACCAGUAUUUACCGAGGACAGAAACACAGCAUACGCAGUUCCAUCUGUGAUUCCAAGCAUACUGUCAACCACAGAAAGUAACGAAAGGAUAAAAAUAGCACUACCUGAAUCCUCUGUAUCUUUCUCUGGCAACACCCUCAACAUUUCCUACAUCCUUUAUGCAACUAUCCCUGCGCUGCUGUUGCUGUUGUUUGCAGCUGCUGGUUUCUUUUGCUACAAACAGCAUGCUAAGAGGAGGAAGACAGAAACAGAAAGCUAUCCCAGCAGAUCAAAACAGUGGGUGCUAGCAACAGCUUCAUCUUGCCCUGUGCAAGGACCUUAUGCCUACAGUGACAUUACCAAACUGCCUCACACUGCUCUGGACAGCAGGAUAGCAGCAGAAAUCAUGACAAAGUACUCCGGUUCUCCGUCCCAUGACUCCCAGUGCAACGAUUAUGAGAAUGUGUCGUGUGUGGACAAUGAGAGCGGCUUUGUCACCAAUGACAUUUACGAGCCCUGCAGAGCUCAAAGCCGGCGCUGCCGCAGUCAGACUGGAUGGGUGGAAAAUGAGAUCUAUGGAUAACACCGGUGUCUGCAAAUGUCCGUCAACCACAGACAGACUACAGUUACACUGUGCGGUGCAGGAUUUCUAAGCAGCUUGGCCAUAUCUGCACAGGUUUCACUCAAUUUUCUAGUCCUGCGUGUAGAAUGUACUGUGUCUGCAAAUCAGUGUAUUCCAUAAAACAGGGAUUCUUAAUGUUUUGUCCAUGACUCAGUAUUCACCUACACAUGACUUUAUAUUUCUGAUGUUUUAAUAAAAAUGUGUUACAGUCAGACCAAUGGCACUGUUAGCUCCGUGAAUCACUGUGAUAGCAUGCUGAUAGAUGUAGACACAUUGUUUUCCAUAUUCACCAUCAUAGUAUGCCCAAAAUUGCAGACUAGUUCCACACACUAAAUAAAGCUGAAGCUAAUCGAAUCUGAUUGAAAAAGAAAAGGAUGAGAAGUUAAAGGACUGCCAAAGUGAUUCUGAAGAGGGCACGGAUGUGUGUAUACAAUUUCAUAGUAAUCCAUCCAACAGCUGUUGAGACCCUUGUUGUAAUCCACUAAUCUUAUAGUGGCAUUACUACAUUACAGGCUAUGCACUGAAAUGCAUAGGCUGGAAACUGCAAAAAUUCAUAACCAAAUCAUGUCAUAAAGGUUCCAAUAUUUCAUAAGGUUAAUGAAAAGUGGGUGAAGAUAUUACAGAAAAGUUAAAGUGGAAUAUCAAAAGCAUUUAUUGUCUGGGGAGAAUGCACAAAUUUUCAAGGCAAAUUUUGGUCCUGUAUUAAAGUAAUUCAGGCUAAAGAGGCAGGCCAUCUGAUAGACUGCUGAUAAUGCUGUCCUUAAAAAUUGUGUUAUAUUUUAAGUUAACUGAAUAAAUGGUAAGAUCAAUUCAUCAAGCAGCUAAAGAUGCAGGUCAUGUGUGCACAGGUCUCUAAGCUAAGCUAAUGGAAUGGGCUUUGAGUAAUUUUUUAUGUUUCAACUCAAAGAAAAACACGUUUUUGUGCCCACUUAUUUCCUUUGUUCAGUUUAAACCUUCAGCUCUAAUAAAUUAUGCAACAUUACAGCAGCACUAAAGUUCUUAGAGGUUUUAGGAGGCAUUAAUGAAACCAAAGAAGCAUUAAUAGUUCAGGUCAGCUUGGUGGAGCAGCAGUGCUGCUGAAUCUGACAUAACAGAUUAUGCAAUUAGCCUAAUCUUGUAAUAUUGCACCCCCACAGGGUUACUCAUUUUGUAAACAAUUGUACAUUAAACUACUCAGGUUCUCUUUUUAAAAUAAUGUCAAUGGAUAUGAUGAGUCAGAAGACAGAGAGGGUUUGCUUGUUGGCUUGCUGCUGUGAUGGAGACUCCAACCCAGGGACUUUUUUGACCUUUUCUCUAAACUUGAACUUUGGUGUCAUCCCUGUGUAAGGCUUCCUGUUUGGUCUCUGAUGUCAGAGCCCAGCAGAGAACAUGAGGAAACACCGAUGGCUGAACUGCUGUGGCCAAAAUAAACCUCAAAGUUGUGCGGUU